AUGGAGGCUGCCCAGGCAAAGCUCAAGCAGAGGAUCCCAAAGAACCGCAAGGACCUCAAGCCGAAUCGCACCCACGCCUUCCAUGGUGUCAUCUGGUUCCUCGGCUGGCUCCUGCCUCCUCUGGCCGUCCUCGUACGGUUCGGCGUCGGCUGGGACCUCCUCCUCAACAUCAUCCUGACCUGCUGCGGCUACAUUCCCGGCCAUGGGCACAACUUCGUCCGUCGCCUCUACAUCCAGAACGUCCGCAACAACAAGACCAAGAACCGCACGCCUCGUUGGGCCGUUCGCGCCGGCCUCGUCAAGAUCAAGGACCCGAGGGCCGGCCGUCACCAGUGGGCGUACCGCUACGACGAGCGUGUCGCAGGUGCCCCGAGCGCGUACAACGACGGCGACGGCGACUCGAUCCGCCGCGACUCGUGGGACGGCCGCGGUCCCGAGCCCGAGCACCUGCAGCGCAGCCAGCACGCCAAGAACGGCAACCAGCGCCACCGCUUCUCGCCCUUUGCCGACAUUGUCGACGACUCGGAGGUCGAGGGCGAGCCUCGCGACGGCCUGUACCGCAGCCGCAGCAACCUCGAGCCGCCGUCGCCCCGCGCCCAGCAGCAGCCCGUCGCCGACCCGCUCACGGACGAGCAGUUCUACGAGCAGCGCACCGAGGUCCCGCCCGACGGCUUCCGCAAGCCGCAGAAGAAGAAGCUCGGCAGCGGCCUGCUCAAGAACCGCAGCCGGUACGAGCAGCCGUUCGACACGACGGGCCUCGAGGCGAGCCGCACCCGGUCGCGCACCCGCGACGACGAGUACCAGGACGACUUUGAGCGCGAGAUCAACGGCGCUGCGCCCGUCGCGCCGCCUGUCGGCGCAGGUGCGGCAGGAGGCAGGUUCGACGCGUUCGAGCCCGAGGGCCCCGAGGACGCGUGGGCGUCGGCCAAGCCGGUCCGGAGCCAGGCGACGGGCGGCACGUACGGCGGCAGCGGCAGCAACGGUGCGGCGCAGCAGCCGCUCAUGCCGCAGAAGACGGGCCGGGCGGAGGAGAACGACGGCGACCUCUUUAAGCACUCGUUCUAG